AUGAAGUUAGAAAUCACAUCGGAAUGCCGGUCAAACCACAUUGGACGCAAGAACGGUCAUGCACGGUGGUCGAGAAGUAUCUCCCCCGCGCUAACCAUCGCCUCGGGGGAGAUAGUCACCUUUGACACGAUUGACAGUAGCAAUGGCCGGAUCUGUCGAACUUCCGACGCGACGGUGAUUAGCUCUCUGGAUAUUGACGAUGCAAAUCCUGUCUUCGGUCCAGUUUAUGUCAAGGAUGCGCAGCCAGGCGACACGCUGAAGGUCGAAGUCCUCGCAUUGGAGACGGCGGACUGGGGAUGGACAGCUACCAUUCCUGGAUUUGGACUCCUGGCAGAUGAAUUUCCCGAGCCAUCGCUGUACAUUUGGGACAUUGACAAAGCACAAGGGUGUGCAUUUUUCAAAAAUAAUAUACGCAUACCUUUGCGCCCCUUCCUGGGUUGCAUGGGUCUGGCGCCCGCAACAUAUGAAGAGCUAUCUACUGUUCCUCCAACAAUCGCCGGAGGAAACCUUGACUGCCGUGAUCUGACGGUUGGGUCUAUCGUGUACUUGCCUGUACAAGCGACCGGGGCUCUAUUUAGUUGCGGUGAUGGUCAUGCUGCUCAAGGUCAUGGGGAGGUAUGCGGGACUGCGAUUGAGACCCCGACCAAGGCAACACUUCGUUUUGAAGUGUGCAAGCAUAUGGCAUGGAUAACAUCACCACAAUACGAGAUCCCCGCUAGCGCGCGGUCAGCAAGUUCUGUCUCCCAGUUAGGCCAAUACGCAACAACUGGCAUCGGUCUAAGUCUUUACGAAGCCACUAGAGUCGCCGUUCAAAAUGCCAUUCAGUGGAUGGUUGCCACCAAAGGGCUGAGCCGAACUGAGGCCUACAUGCUAGCUAGUGUGGCCGGAGAUCUUCAGAUAAUAGAGGCAGUGAACAUGCCUAAUUUUGUGGUGUCGAUGAGUAUUCCCUUGGGGAUAUUCGGUUGA